AUGCAAAAGCCAAGUCCGGGAAAUGUGCAGAAGAAAGCGUCGUCGGAAAUUCUGUUCGCCGAUUAUGGCAAAAAUCGUCUCGAUGGCGAGGAUCCAACACCGGAAAAUAAACGAGUCAUCGAUUUGUUCGAACCAGUGGACGCUAUGAGUCUGAAUCGGGAAAAAGAUCGUGUAGUGGUGUCGGGAAUUCGAGGCGUUCUUCAAGUCAUAAAAAUUCAAAAGCAUGGAUCCGGAGAUUUUGAAGCUCCUUCAAUCGUCAAAGAUCUCGAUAUGAGAGUUUAUCGAAAAGGAAAAGUCAACAUUCUCUACUCUGCACAAAAUGUAAAAUGGAAUCAACUUUAUGGUUUGGAAAAAAAUGGAAAUCAGUCUUUAAAAUAUUGUUUUUCAGAUCAGUACAUAGCUACAACAUCUUCUAACGGGUCGAUAGUAUGUUGGAAUAUUUCUAGGAGAAACAAAUCUGUGUUCAAAGCUCAUGAGAGGUCGGCGACAUGUCUCGAUUGGCACGCCACCGCUCCCUAUAUUCUCGUUUCCGGAUCUCGUGAUUGUACAGUUAGAUCUUAUGAUAUGCGAGUGAAGGAUAGCCAUCAGCUCACUUUCAAAUGUGAUAGAAACUGUGAAUCGAUUCGGGAUAUCGCAAUGAGCAAGGAUCAAGGAUGUGAAGAUUAUUUUUUCACAGGAGACGAUGGUGGAGUUCUUCGAUUGUGGGAUUUAAGACAAACUAAAAGAUGGAUCUUCGAGAAAGUCGCACAUCGCUCAUUCGUCUCGACAAUGUCCAUGAAUCCACACAAUCGAAGACUUAUCGCCACUGGAGGUGGUAGAGAUAAAAUGGUGAAAAUCUGGGAAUGGACAGGACCAGAGCUAGUUCGUGUAUCUGUUGUGGAGACUACUGCUCCUUUAGGUCGGCUAGCUUGGCGUCCAGAUAAACCAUAUCAUUUGGCUACUUGCGCCAGUGUCAACGAGACUUCCGUACACGUUUGGGACGUUAGAAGACCCUAUCUUCCCUACGUCACCUAUGAUGAACAUCGAGACGCUGUCACUGAUGCAUGUUGGCCUAGUAAUGAUUUCGAUGUGUUUAUGACUUGUGGAAAAGACGGACUUGUAGUUCUCCAUAACAUUGAUUCUGGUCAUGCGCCGAUUUCAUUUGCCUGCGAUGUUGCCUUUGAUAUUACUCCCGAUGGAACUAUGGGAUUGGCUGUUAAUUCUGAAAUCCACGCUAAGAAUGAGGCAGAGAUGGUAUCAAGAAACGCAGCUGCCAACGGAAAGAAGUCCAUCCAUCAGAUUCCGUAUGAAUCAUUCCAGAAGCCCAUCAAGAGUUUAAUAGGAUUCGGAGUUCCGGAAGCGCUAACACACAGUCUACCGCCGACAACAUUUCAUCAAAUUGCUCAAAAAUACAUUAUUGGAGGUGUUGAGAUAACGCAGUUAUGUGAGACGAAUGCGAAGGUAGCUCGAAAGAAUGGUCUAGAACACGUUGCACAGACAUGGAGGCUUGUUGAAGCGCUCUGUGAGCAAGCGAAGAUUCAAGAGGAGUAUGAUAGAAAGACGGCCGAAGAGAAAGCCAGAAUCGUUAGAGCAUGGGCAAUUCGAAAGAAGGAGCUCGCUGAAGAGGGCAGACGAUGGCUGGCGAAUUUGAACGAUCACUAUAGAGAUGACGUCAAGAAGCAAGUCAGUCAACGACUAGAGAAUACUCAACAUGUCACCGCUUUCUUGAGAUUCUCAAGUUCCUCUGAAUCUGACGAUGAAUCAGAUAGUGAGCAAUUAGGCGACGGAGAGAACAAUCAAAAUGAAGACCAGGAUAAAAUGGCACCGAAUUUUGAUAUUCUGAAUAAGAAUAAGAAGCGGAAAAAGAAGAAAGCAAUAGCCACCGAUUUCUAUUUUGGAGCAGGAGAACAGAAUUUCAAGGGUGGAAAUCUAGAAACAAUUCAUGUCAACGAGUUCAUGGGUCUUGGUCCAGAAGCUUACGAGUUGCGAGACGAAGAAAAGGAGCGGCGAUUUUUCUGCAAAGCUAGAAAGCAACCAAGAAACGCUGAGGAAUACGAACAACUUCAACGAGAACUUGAAGAGAACGAAGCAGAUUUUCAAGAGUGGUCUCCAAUGCUCGAAAUCUAUCGUCUCCUAUUGUAUCAUGCUGAGCAGGGAGAUAUGCAAACGUGUGCAACGGUUUCCAUGGUUUGCGGAAAACGACUUCUAGACGCCGUCGAUCAUUAUACGAUUAAUGGAUGGAUCAAGUGUUAUAUGGAGAUGCUCUAUAGCCUGGAGUUGUUUCUAGUGAUGGCGAAGAUUCGAAAGUACUGUACACUGGACAGUAUCAGUUCUGUUUCUCGAGAGAACACAACAAUCCAGUUAGCUCAUGCCGAUUGUGACGCUAUGAUUGUUAACGGACGGUGCACGAAGUGUGAAGCGCUAGCACAAGCAGAUUGUACUCUUUGUCGUUUUUCAAUUGUCGGAAUGACAUUCCAAUGCCAUGUUUGCGGUCAUUGUAUGCACGCAGAUCAUGCCUACGAAUGGUUCAAAAAGGAGAACACUUGCGCUUUCGUUGGAUGUCCCUGUACUUGCGGAAAAAAUACAUGGCCAGACAUGGAUCGGACGUUCAUUGGGAAUGAUGAAAUUAUGAGGGAUCAUCGCAAGUUUUCGGAUUAUGACACGGAUGAUUCAGAUGAUGUUGACUCGGAGAAAGAGCCAGAUACUAAUAGAGUAGAUGCUUCUCGCCUCGAUACAGAUUCGGAAAUCAGCGCAGAAGAAGACGUGGAAUGGUCGCCUGGAGGUCAUCGAAUUAGGCGGAAGUACGAUGAGUUUCCAAACGAAGGAAUGCACUCAGAAUGGUCUCAAUAUCUGGUUCGGCUGAAAAGAGCACGAAAGAAGGAAUGUGAUUCACUGAUUCCUUUGGACAAGGAGAAUCAACCUUCAAUUAAAAAACCGACUUCAGAAGUUCCGAGAGAUAUAUUGAAAGAAAGAUAUCAAGAAACACUUCGAAUAUUACUGAAAAGCGAAGAUGCAAGGCAAGCCAAAAAGCGAAAAGAGAUUCUGGGAGUCCAGGAAGGACAGCUCAAGAAGAAGAAGAAGUAUAAAGAAGAAGAGCCUGAUGAGUUUAUGGAGCAAAAAGUUUGUGAAUACCUGGACCCGUCGCUGAAAACAGACAACUGGCCGAAACGAGAGGAGCCGGAAGUGUGUUCGAAAUGGGGAUUAGCGAAUAUUCGGGAAGAGGACGAGGAGAUGGAUGACGAGAAAACUGUUUACGAAAAAUCAGAGAUUUACAAUGAAAAAGAGGCAGAGGCUAACUGGGAAGACUAUGAGAAUUACGUGGACGAAGCAUGUGAAGAAUUCUGGGACGCCGAGAGUAUCAGUGACGAAGAUACCGGAAGUCUUACUGAUGAAGAAGACGAGAUUCUGAGUGAUGAGCUUUCCGAUGGUGAAGUAGUUUCCGAGAGUUUGAGCACCAGCGAAGAGGCAUCUGAUUCUCGUAAUGCAGAGGUUCAGAAGGACAGAAUCACGUUAACCAGAAACGACGCUUCGUAUUCUGGUGGAUUAGAGGAAGAUCUGGAGUAUUCCACAACAUCAGACGUACAUCAAGAACGAUCUCCGUCGUUGCCAUCAUCGCUGGAAGAAGGAGGAAUAGAAGAUAUGAAAGAAGACGACGAAGAGAAUCUAGUGUUUUUUGACGACGGUGUUCUUUUUAAUGAUGCCGAUCUCGAUUGCGACGACUAUAUCGAGUCCCUCGGACCUAUUGGUCUUCAGCCGUACCAAAUGGAAUUCUUUCGACAAAGGGCUAAAAACGAAAAUGAUCGAGUCACAUCUCCAACGUUGACAGCUGCUGUGAAAAAUGGUUUCGAGCGGUUGGCAAAUCCCAAAUGUUUUGAAAAUAAUGAAGAAAAAGAAGACGAUUUGUUUUGUGAAAAGCCAUCAGUAGUAGAAGAGACAACAACAACAUCAGAAAAGGAAGAAGAAUUCAGUGUUCCUAAGCCAAUUUUGAGUUUUGGAGAAAAGGCACGAAUGAUUUUGAGCAUGUCCAAACACGAUUUGAAGAGGAAAAAAGCGAAAAAAAGAAAGAAGGAAAUCAUCAUGAUAUAUAGCAAAAUGAUUGGAGGAUCUACAUCCUCCGAAGAGUUAUCACCUGAUGAGUUUAUGGUUUCAUCUGACUCAUCGGAUUCAUGCUUUUCUGGAUCCACGAGAUCUUCUGGGUCUUCUGAAUCUGACCUAUUCCAUCCACAAGCAGCAAUCAGCAAGGAGGAAUCAGAAGACUGUUCAUCAGAUUCAACGUCACAUAAAGAGUUGUCAGCAAUGCCUGAAGAACGUCUUCUAACUCCAUUGGCCACCGGAGACCUCUAUUUGAAGACGGAAAGUCCAUCCUCAAAAGUUGUCUACAAAAUGAACAAGUGGAAUAAGGUAAGCAGUCAAGUAACUCAUCCAACUGAAAGUGCACAUGGGCAUGCCAACAAUACCUACUUCGUUUGCGCACCUGCUGCGGCGAACAACUCUCCUGGACCAUCUAGGAAUUAUAUUCCUUCUAUUCCACUCUACGAUUCUCUCCCCCGUUCUUAUACUUCCCGUUGUCCUACUUCGCCAUCAUCGUCAUCUCUACAAACGGAGAGUGAAGAAGAUCCAUUAGAGGAAACAUUGGAAACGCCUUCAGUGCAGAACACAGUACGAAAUCAGUGUAAAGGCUCUGAUGAUUAUCGAAAUUUCUACAAAAAUUCGUAUGAAUAUCCACACAAGUAUCCUCCUGAGAUUGAUGCGAAUCAGCCAAUUCAAAUCGUCAACUUUCGUUUGAAAGAUAAUCCUCCCCUUAUUCCAAAGGAGCUGCUUCACUUGUUCGAGAACCCUUCAACAUCUGACAGCCCAAUACCUGGAGGUGGAGCUUCAAAUGCAGUCAACCCUCUUUUCGAAUUGCGCUCAUCUGCUAUCAACGGGGCGACCCCAAUUGAGGAUCAGCAGCGAACUAAAACAAAUGCAGCGAAUACGCUUUUUGACGCUCGCACACCUUUGCCAACAAAUGCUAUCAAUGGGAACCUACAGACAUCCAGCGGCAAGCAAACCAAUGCACCAAAAUCUUUUUUCUCACAUUGCUCACCGUUUUCAACUUAUGUAGCUGAUGAUGAGAAUACUUCAAUGCCUGGCACAUCCCAAGAAAUGCCUAGCAGUCUUUUUAUGAUUAAAGAUAAAACCCCAACUGCAUAUACUUCGGUGAGCAAUUGUUCGGCUGGGCUAUUCCAAACUAUUCUGAUAAUACUGAUAAUAUCAUUUUUGCAGGUCCGUCCACCAACACCUGCCGGAGAGCUUGUAGAAGAUAGUGACGAAGAAGAAUUAUUCUCCACGGACGACGAAGAAAACGCUGAUGAAUCUGAAACCAAGGAAGAGCUAAGCGAUGAGGAAGCUUCCGAUGAAGAACCAUUCUUCCCAUUUGUUGAGGACAUUCCACGACCCGUCACUACAAAACAUCCGUGGGAAACUGAAGAACAGUAUCAGAGUCGAAUGAGAAGUGAGCAAGAAGAAGAUGUGGAGGAGAAGAAAGAACUAGAUAAUUUGGCAAGGGAAGAAUCUGAACGGAAAGAACGCGAAGCAGAAGAAGAACGAAAAGCUCUCCUCACUAGGCAUACAUCUGCGAUGAGAGCUCUGGAGAAAAGGAAGCGAAGAGCCAAGUUAAAAGUGUCAUUUCCUCCAAAACCAUAUAGCUUACUAUCCGCCAAACGUGGUAAAUUCACAAGUGAAGAAUUUGAAGCACGAACGAAGAAGGCAAUCGAGAACUUGAAAAUGGAAGAUCCCUCGAUCCCUGAAACUGAUCAAUCGGAUUUUGAAAGAUUCGUUAGAGAGAAGGAAGUCUGUCACGUAUGCAAGCAUGCGAAAAAAGACAGACGAUUCGAAAGGGAGUACCUGGAAUGGGUCAAAUCGAGAAGUGACCAAUUCAUUUUCGUCAAAUCGUUCGAUGAACCGUGUGCAGCUUUUCAGUUGGCUUAUCUGAGUGUAUAUCAAAACAGUCUUACAAUUGCUAGGAAAACUGCGAAGUAUCUAAUUCAGUUCAUAAAAAUAUUCUACUUUAUUGAAUGGAACGAUAUGCUCAAAAAUAGAAACGAGUUCGUGUUGAAAGAAGUUUACGAACUAUGGAAGAACUUUCAAGCCAAGAGACGAAAAGUAUGCAGAGGCCACUUCAGGGACUUCAGAUUCCGAUUCUUCGCUUCAUCCAUUGCUACAAAAAUCAAGCAACAACUGCUGCGGGAUGAGGCGCCACAGGUGAAACAAGCUCUACUGGAUUACGAUUGGGUGCACUUGAGAUCGUGUAUCAAUGAGAUGGACGAUCCAGCAGGUGUGAUGGACGAAGCUAUGGAUACACUAGUGGUGAACAAUCCACAUUGGUCUAUUGAGGAAAAGAAAGCUGCAAAUCGCUAUUGGGAUUUGUUUGGUAAUAUCCCUCUUCACAUCGAAACAUCGGAGACAGUAGUUGUUCCACCGUUAUCGGAAGAUCGCUUGGAUAUGGUGGAUGACACGAACUACUUUACAAAGAAAAUGUUGAGGAAUGCGGCUAGAAAUUCUCGAACCUAUGAUAUAAAGCUGACAUAUACCAAGAGAAAAAAGCAAGAAGACUUGAUUAGUGUCCAAAAUAGAACUAGAAAAGUUCAAAAUCGAGAAUGGCAGAUGCGUUUGGAGAAAAUGGUUAACGAGUCUCGCUAUGUGGAUUUGUCUGAAAGCAGCUUUCGAGUAAAUCCUCAUGACAAGCUUCUGUACACAGCUGAUCAAAAUCAAGCAUUCCCAAUAUGCCAAUUCGACACUGGAACCCAUUAUGUGACUGUCCAACCAAUGGUUUCCAAGAAAAUGAUUGAGAUGAAGUCUCAUUUGAGAAGAAAGUUCACAUUCCGAAGGACGUAUCAUGUUGACAAACAAGCGAAUCACAUUGAGAUUACUACGGAGAAACUACGCCAGUUGCCAGCGUUCAAGAAGUUUGAUUCGAAGCUUCAGAGAGCUCAGGAAUACAAAGAUAGUAAGAAAUUAGUCGUUCGUACUUUCUUAUUCAGAAAUUUAAUUUCAGUGCUUUCCCGAAACUUCAAAAUAUUCGACAAAACGAUUGUUGAACAUCGUCGGAAGCUGGAGACGAUUGUUGAGGAGCAAACGGAUAUCCCACAUACUCUUGGUGUGCUUCGCAAGACUAAAAAGCAGCGUGAAGAAGAAAGAAAAGAGGAAGAGAAGCGCGAAAAGGAAGAACAGGAAAGGAAGGAAGAAGGAAAAGUAAAGGAAGGAAAAGUCGAAGAAAACGGAAAAGAAGAAGAAAAUAGUUCAAAAGAAGGCGGAACAGAAGAAGGAACAGUAGAGAAAAUAGACGAAGUGAAAGAAAAAGUGGCAGAGAGAAUUGAGAAAAGCGAGGAAGUCAAAAAGGAAGUGAAUUUGGAGAUUUGGAGAAAAAUGAGAACGGAAAGUGUAGAGGAAGUGAAGGAAGAUGUUGAACAGGAUAUAAUUCAACAAGGUGGAUUGGAAAUGAAGAAUGAAGUGAAACUGGAAGAAGAAGAUCAGAACGGAAUAAAGGAGGAGGUGAAGGAAGAAUGUAAAGAGGAAGGCACAGAAGAAGUAAAAGACGAAGAAGACGAAGUGGAAGAAGCCCUCGAAGCUACCGAGGCUACCGUAGCCCAAGCAGCGGCUGAAGCAGAAGCAGAAGCAAUUGCACUGGCAGAGGAGACCGCACGACUUUUAGAAGAACUGGAAAAGAAUAAACCUGAACCACCAAGGCUAAAAGAACUGACGGGUAUCCAAAAAGCGCUAUGGGAAAAGUGCCAGAAAGAUAUACUCGCGGAUUAUUAUGAUGGUAUUUAUAAGGAUAAACUCGGAGAUUUUGAACGACACGAACAGAAUAAGAUGACCAUUAUGAAGAAACAUCACAAGCCAGAAUUGAGGAAAAAGAUUUUCGUGGCUAGGAGAGUUCUUGAAUUGGGAAGACUGAUGGUUGAACAUGAAGUUCGAAAGUGGAUGGCGUAUCAAUACGAUCUUCUAUAUACGAGAAAAACGGUUCUGAAGAAGUCACGCAUCACUAGAAAGCUGUUGAAGAAGAAUUUCUCAAAACGAGUGCCUUGCCCACCGCCAGCGUUCUGUGAGCAGUCACCUCUGGUUCCAAGAAAGAAGCAGAAUCGUUCUCCUCCUGCGUUGCGUUACAAUUCUUCUUCUGAUGAAGACGAUUAUGAUAAAGGUGACGAGAGACCAAAAAAAGAGAAGUCGAAAAAUACAUACUCAAAACAACCAAACUUGCUUGCUGUCGCUGGAAAGCUUCAAAAAAUCUUCAAGGAUCAACUGAAUGCUGCUCCAAAUUCUGAUGACGAAUGGGAGUAUUCCGAUGAUUCGAGCAUUGUCACGUGGUUCAAUGAUGAUACCGACGAUGUUCUGAAUAGAUUGAUCAAUAGAGAUUAUGUUGAUGAACAUAUGGUUUUGAGAGAAAGAAUGAAAGGUUCUCUUGGACGACCGUUGCACGUUGUGAAGCUCGAGAAUCUGCCAUCAGAGGAAUCGUCAGAUGAGGAAGUCGUGCAUAGAUUCGAGAAAAAAUUGGAGGAAAGGAAAUCGAUAAAAAAGGGAAAACGAGUGAGAUUCUUCGAAAAGCGACCUGAUCCGAGAGAUAUUGGUAAUGCGGAUGGUAAAGCAAGGGAUGCGUUGGCGAAAAUGGAAGUUGAGAGAGAUCGAGAGCUGAUUGGAAAGAAAUAUGAAAGGAAGAAAGAUAUGGAACAAGUCCGAGGUUAUUUCAAACAGUAUGCUCUGGAUCACAGCUACGCUCCAGAACCCUACUCCUUGAACGAGGACUUGAGCAGUGCCAUUUCAUUUAUGCAUCGCUGCGAGCUUCGUCGGGUCAGCAAUCGAUUGGAAAAGACAAUGAAGGAAGACUAUGAGAAUAGAUGUGAAGAAGAUAACAUGAUUGUGGAUAUCAUUCCUAUUGAUCAUACAAGCCUUGAAUGCAAAAUGAUCAACUUUUUGAUGUUCCAACGCGAAAGAGAGAGCUGUUAUCAUUCGGAAAAACUAUUCGAUGAAACUCGCAAAAUGUUAUCGCCAAUCCAGAAGUACGAACUUUUCUUUGGGAAGGAAGGAGCUUAUAAAUUGGCGCUAAUUGGAAAGGAGGCUUUGGAGAAUCAUAAUCUUCGAUAUGCGUUCACCUACAUUGUCAGACGAUUUGGAACAACGAAUCUCAGUGUUCCCCAUGAAAGCCUUCGAUCUUUUUAUAAGCUGUGGUGGUUGAAUUCAUUUCAAACUCUGGAACAGUUCAUUUUGGCCAACGAGGAAAAUGAUUUUAUCCUAGAGAAUUCUAUAGAUGUUGUCAACUACUAUAGGAGACAUUCUAUUCAACUUGCCAGAGAGACAUACGACCAACUCGAGGUCACAUACUUGCUCAAUGAGGUAGUAGAUCUUGUGACAGAAUACGUCGACGACAUUGACACACUUUUCCAUGGAACGCCUUAUAUGGAUUCGAAGAAAUACUAUGCAGGACUGGGAAUUAUCGACUGGUAUCACGAAAAGUAUGAUGAGAAAAAUACCAAUUGCUCAAAUAAGAAGGAAAAGAAGGAAAGAGUAAAAAAGAAGAAGCGGAACCUUCUUUCUAGUCUUUCAAUCGAGUCGGUUUCUGAAAACGAGGAAGAUGAUCAAUGCUCUCCAAGUACUGAACCAGUGGAUUUACCAGUCGAAUUCAUAAAAAUUUCGCCAGAUGAGCAACCAAAUUCAUCUGAUUCCGAUCCCGAAUACGCUCACUAUUCUACCAGAAGAAACAGUGCUAAAGUUGGAAAAGCCAAUAAGGAAAUGAUGUCUCACUAUUCAGCUGUCUACGACAAAUUGAAGGUUCUACAGGCAGAAAAGCAACAGAAGAAAGCCGAGGAAAUUUGCAAGAAGAAGCUAGAAGAAUGGGAACGAAAGGAAAGAGAAGGCAGAUGGGCAGUGGACGAUAUGGAGAGGAAAAUUCAUGAUUUUGUUGUUUUGGCAGCGGAAGAACACAAGGAAAAGAGUCGGACCAAUGAAACAUGGUGGGAUGUUAUCUCGCAAAAGCAGGAAUUCAAAGACGAGCCUACCCAUGUAAUCUAUGAUAGAGUAGGAUUGUCAGCUCACGAUGUUCUGGAGAAGUGUGGGCUUCCAGUUGGUCUCGAUAACCAAAUGUUCAAUAUCGAGAUGGAGGAAUGCCAAGCAGAAGUGGAAUCUCUAACGGAAGAUGCUAGUGAUAUCGCGGACAGUAUUGAAAAGGAUUUCAAAGAUGAAAUAUACGGAUUGGCAGACAAUUCAGGAAUUGAUGAUGAUGCUCAAAGUUAUUCAUCGAUGAGACAUGUUUUAAAACAUGAGCUUUAUUUCCAACGCGAACUAGAAUCGGGAAGAAGAAUUCCAACAUGUGUUUUCCUCUUCACACCAGAACAGUUCUUCGAAGAUAAUUAUGACACAAAUCUCGAGUUCAACAAAUGGAGACAAAUAAUCGAAGUCAGUGAAUGCCCAUUCUCAUUCAAUAAGCUCGUCAUGAGAGAACGGUUGCUACUAAGAUGCAGAGAGGAGUGUCAAGAAGAGUUGCUUGGGAAAUACUUCCAACAAGAAGAACGAAAUCGGGGAACGAUUCUGGAGGUUUUCCAGAGAUGCCUCAUCAUCGUUGUAGUGGAUUCUGAACUGAAACCAUUCGACUGUCGUGUGGUGUCUUCCGAAGACCUAUCAAAGCCAGCACACAAUCGUGUAUCGUAUUUGAGGAAACUGAUGGUUGAAAAUUCCCAACACGAAUUGUCUGCAUGGAUUGAGAAGUUCAAAAUCGACAUGGAGGUCUACGCACAAUGUCCAGUGAUUCCUGUACUAAACGAGGAUCUCAAGUUCGCUCAUACUUCCCAAUUCACGAGCUUUUUCAUUGAAGAACACACGAGAGAAGACUGGUUAAUGAUUCGAAGAGAUGAAGGCGUUCGAGCUCUAGAUACUAUGAUUCGAUUGCCACCACCACCAGCACACAAACUUAGCACCUACAAAAUGAUAUUCAAGCCGAUCUACGAUUCUUGGUACCAUGUCUGGAAGUUUGAGAAUGAUCAGGCUUGUGCAAGAACUCCGGUUGUUCGAAAACACGACCCUGUGAAAGAAUACCUUCACAAAGCUAGAAUGAUUGUCAACUACGCCCAUCAACACUAUCGCAUGAAGCGGUUUGAUUCUCUUAUGUCUAAAGAUCCAACUGAAUUCCAGCUGGUGGACCGAUCGGAUGUUCCAAGUGCAUCCCUAUUCGAUAGUCUCGAUGCAGCUGUGAGCAAAUUCUGUAACGAAGAUUCUCCGCACUUGGAUCCGCGAAGUAGGCAAGUUGUGAAGGACACACUCAUUCAACUGGCUACUGGAAAGAUUCCAUACUUCACAGCAAACUACUUUGGAGGUUAUGACUACACUCGGAGCAUCAAAUCGUCACUACCAGAUGAGGAGGAAGAGAACAAAGUGGAUAAAUUCCCACUAUUGGCAAGUACAGAACUCAUCCAACCGGAUGUUGCAAACACUACGGAAGCGGAGUUGGAGAGCUGUGACGAGGAAAUUCAAUGGCUCAGAAGUUUGUACGAAGACACAGACUUCCAAAGGCGCCGUAUCAUGGCUAAGAUGUUGUUCGAAAUUGCUCAAAAGGCAUUGUUCAAGUUGGCACCGAAUCUGGCGGAUUUCGAAAGAGGUCAACAACGAUUUGAGCAUUUGCUGACAUUACAUGGAAGGAACAGACCGUUACUUGACAUGAUGUUGACCAAAGUUCGAGGAACUUUCCAUAUGAAACCAUCAACGAACCGAUUCCUGUACAAUACGAAGCUAAUCACGUUCGGAGAAUUGGUCGAUUCUAGAAUCCACCCAAGAAACUGGAGUAAAGAAAAAGUCAGCUUGGAAGAGCACAGGAGACAAACACCGAAAGAUCCGCAAAUGAUGAUUGACUUCCUGAGAAACACCAAAACCGUUCGGCUGAGACGUGAUUCUGAUUCUGACUCGGAUCAGGGUUCAGAGUGCUCGACAACUUCGCAAACCGAAUAUGAAAAACCUUUGAGAUAUAAGAAAAGCUUGAAACUUGAGAAAGCCUAUUUGAGGACGACGAGAACGAAGAAGAGGAAGAGGAAGCGAGUAUUUUUGACGAGAGCUAUGCGAGACAUGAUUAUAGCCAAACUUCGAGAGACUCGCAUCAACAUGGAUAUAGUUUUCGCUCGUGAGAAGCGGGCUCUUGGAGCGAAGAAAUGGAAAAUCAGGCGAACGAUCAACAAAUGUCUGCAGCGUAUCGCGAAACAAGACUACCAUAAGCUCAAGGCAAAGUUGCCGGCGAAGAAGCAAGAAGCACUGAAUCACAUCAGAGACUUGAUUAUUCGCUAUUCGGAUGUUGCUCACCGAUCGUGGGGAACGCUGAAAAUGCAGACACGAAUCAGACGCAUCCCACCGGUAGAUAGAAUGCAACCCAAACAUUUUAAUAGGAUCGAAAAGGGACAGAAAAUGUACAAACCCCCGAAACAAUAUGAUCCAAACAAUCCACUAACCAAUGGACGAAAAUGGUUCUAG